AUGACAGAAAAAGUUGUGAAACAUCAAAAAAGGGAGCAAAAGACAGAUACUCAAAAAUUGGAGAAUGAGAGGACAGGAAAAUGGGAAACUGCACAACUGGGAGAAUGGGAGAUGGGAGUUAAAGAAACAGGGAGGACUGGGAGACGGGAGACGGGAGACGGGAGACGGGAGACGGGAGACGGGAGACGGGAGAUGGGAGACGGGAGACGGGAGACGGGAGACGGGAGACGGGAGACGGGAGACGGGAGACGGGAGACGGGAGACGGGAGACGGGAGACAGGAGACGGGAGACAGGAGACAGGAGACGGGAGACAGGAAGACAUGAGACACAAUGGGAAAAUGAAUACAUUCAAUGAUACUGUUACAUAUUUUCCUGAGGCCAGGAAGCCAAAGGAGGGCGCAGCCCUCCUUGGCUUCCUGUGA